AUGAUUAUAAAAAGAAAAUGGUGUAUAAAUAUAAUAAUAUUUGUAAUUAGUAUUUUGUGUAAAAAUAAUAAGUCUUUUAUAAAAGGUUUUAACAAUGAAGGUCAUGAAGCCAUAGGUAUGGUAGCCAUGUCUGGAUUAAAAAGUGAUCAAUUAUAUGAAUUAAAAAAAUUGUUAAAUGGAAAAGAUUUAGUAGAUUUAGGAAAAUGGGGUCAUUUAGUUCAUGAUAAAAUAAGAGGAGCAGAGCCAAUGCACUUUAAUUUACAAAAUAAUGAUUGUAAAAAUAUAUCAUUUAGUUGUGAUGAUAAAAAUGGAUUAUGUUUAAUUAAUUCUAUUAAAUAUUUUUAUAAUAAAUUAUUAUUACCUCCAAAUUCAAAUCUUAAUGAGGAUAUAAAAUUUAAGUAUCCACGUAAUAUUUCUUUCACUGAUUCAGAUUCAUUAAAAUAUCUAGUUACCUUAAUUAGCGAUAUGCAUCAACCACUUAGAAUAUCUUUUAUUAGUGAUAAUGGUGGAAAAAAUAUUAAUGUCACAUUUUUUGAUAACAAAUUACAAAAAGUGAAAAGUAAUUUAUUUGAAUAUUUAGAAAAUAAAAUUAUUAAUAAAAUGAUCCAAAAAUAUCAAUCAUCAUGGUAUAGUGGUUGGACCCAUGUAAAUAGAAUUUUUAAUGAUCAUAAAAAAGAUGAAGAUUUAUUUAAAAAAAAUGGUAUAGAUGUUAUAUAUAUUUGGGCUAAGGAUAUUGUGAAUGAUUUUUGUUCUGAAUUUUAUAUGAAUAACUCAAUUGAAAGUUAUAUGACACUUAAAGAGGAGAAGUUAUAUUUUGAUACAACUACAGAAUUAGAAAUCUCCUAUGAAUUGGAAUAUCAACUUGAAAGAUUAAUAAGAAAUAAUAUUUUACGUGCAGGGUCAAGGAUAUCUAUAUUGUUAAAUCAUAUUUUUGCUAAAAAAAAGUUUUCAAAUUUUAGAAAAAGAUCUGAAUUUGAUAAAGUUGAAUAUGAAGAAUUGAAAAAAUCUAAAGCAGCUUCAAUCUAUAAAAAUAAUGCAUUAUUUAUAAAUUUAGCAAUAAUUUUCGUUAUACUGUUAGCAAUUUUUUAUUUUAAUGUUUUAAUGAAUAGAAGAAAUAAGAUGCGAUUACCAAACAAAAUAAAUGAAGCUGAAUUACAAGAAAAGUGCAACUAA